GAACACUUUUUUCGUGGCGAGGAGUAUAGAUGCCACGUGGCCACUCCAGCGGUGUGGCACGCGAUUUGGUCAARGGAUAUGUCCAAGUGUCCUGCACAUUUGGCUUCUGCCGUGCACGCCUUGCAGAGUUUCCCUCUAGGUCAUCCCUCUUUUCAAUGGUCACCUCUUCGUUUUCCCGAUGACGUCGUUCCGCCGCCCCCGUCGACCGCUGCCCCCUCGCAAGUGGCGCCAUCUUCACGUGCACCACUUGCUCCCCUCCCCCCUCGUCCGCUUCGUCAGACGAUUCCCGCAUCCGUUGAUGGCAGACCAUCUGUGGCAACGCAGCCUGAUGCGCAAGGCACCGUGCCAGUUUCAGGUGUCGGGGAACCUGUGCCGUUCGACGAGCAAGGCACUCAUGCUUUCGUCGAGGGCGGUGGGUGGGGGAAGGACGCUGGCACAUCAUCAGACCUCGCCCCGUUGUUCACUGGCAACAGGGACAAGGUCCCAAGAGUUCGACGCGCAGACACACGUCCGGCCGUGGCAGGAGCACUCGCAACAGGACAUCAAUUCGCUGCGUAUCCAUGGUUGCCUCCCCCUCCUUCGCAAACACGACGGCCUACACCAGACUUGACUUCGGCACCUGUUAGCGAGGCCGCUGCUACGGCCACAGAGGGUGCGGGAAACGUCCAGCUCAACGAGCCCGUCCAGGUUUCGGAUUCGUCACCCACUCCUGUGCCCGUGAACGGCCCGACCUCGCAGCACGGUGUUUUUGGGACACUGGAUCCUUUACAGAAUCUGUGCAACAUUGCAGCUCCGAGUCCAGGCCCCACCGCAUCACCUGCGGCCGGGGGCGGGGUGUGGGAUUCGCUAGGUAUGGGCGCUGGUGCACGAAUGAGGGGCACUUACAGGCAGCAGGCGGUGACCUCGUAUUACAACGACCCGCUGGAGCACGCAUGGCACCUGCAGAUCAUGCGAUUCAUUGUCGAGAGCGGCAUACCGUUCAACUGUGUGAAGCUUGAGAGCUUCAAACGCAUGUUGACGUUGAUCAUCCCGCCUGGGGCGCGUUUGGUCACAAAGUUUUUCAAGCGUCAUAGCCACGCUCGCGAAGUUUUGCAAGCUUUCACGACGAAGGCUCUGCUGCUUCCCGCCGAGACUCGCUUCGGUACGCAUGUGAUUAUGAUGCGACGACUUCUUUUGCUGCAAUCGCAUCUUAUGCAAGUGGUCGUUGAUGAUCGAUGGAAGGACAUUGUUUGGUCAACGAAGAAGAUUCGAGACGACGCCGCGGAGGUCACAGCAUGUGUCGGUUGUCCUCAAUGGUGGGAGGAUAUGAGAGCGCUGUGCAAGUUGUUGGAUCCCAUCAUGGACAUGCUGCAGAUGGUGGACAGUGACACGAGGCAGAUUGGCAAGAUUCUGCGUCGGUACGAUGAGAUGAUCGCGCAUUGUUUGUCUGCAUAUGCCGCUUUGGAGAAGGACGAGCAGGAAGCGCUGCUUGAAGUGUUUGACAGACGCCGCACCAUGUUCAAGUCGCCUGCUCAUGUUGCUGCCAUGAUGUUGGACCCCGAGUUUCGAGACCGCACGAUGCCAGAUGACGAGGAGAUGCAGCACGGUUUGAAACUCGCUCUGAUUCAGUUUGGGUACCCGGAACAUUCGGAUCAGCACACCGAGGUCCUCACUGCCAUUGACAAGUUCCAUUCCAGGGAGCCGCCGUUCGAUGACGUGGCCAUGGACCGGGCGGCGAGGAGCUAUACCCAUCYWGCCUGUUUCUGGGAGUCGAAGGAGAAGAGGUUCCCGCACACGGCCUUYUUCGCUGGCAGGAUACUGCGUGUGUGGGCGACUGCGUCGCCUUGUGAGAGAGCUUGGUCCCGUUGGAGUUUCAUCCACUCCAAAUCUCGUAACAGAUURGAGGUGGCGCGGGCCGAGAAGCUCGUGCRAUGCCAUUGGAACCUUCGGCUCCUCGACAGGCAGGCUAUGUCGGACGAUGCUCCCAGUGACAGGCCACAUCCGUAUGGGAGCUGGGUGCACUACUGGCAGCAGGUGGAGGAGGAGGUGCCCACCGACCAGCAGCUUGUGGCAGACCGAGGAGCCCGUGUGACGGUCACGAAGGAGGAGUUGACGCAGGCGAGAGAGAGGAUGCGCGUCGUGUCCCGCAUGGGGGCCACUCGUCGCUUGCGGGAGUCUGACAGGAGGAGGUGUCGUGGCGGCGGUCGCGGAGGUGGUCGUCGGGGCAAUCGCGGGCGAGGCGAGCGUGGAGGUCCUGGCGGGAGGCGUAGUGUCGCGAGUCGUGGAAGGGCAGUGGACGAGCUAGUACGCAAGCCUCGACAGCGACGGGAUGAGGGAGACUUUUUGUACGAGAGCUCGUCCAGCGAUGACGAGGAUUUCUUCGGGACUGGCAGGCCUGCACAGGAUGGCGACAGCGAUUUCGACGACCGUCACCCGAACGUGGGCGACGACGAUGGCGCCAGUGGCGAUGAUCACAGUGACGGAGGAGAUAGGCCACGACCUGCACAUGGUGACACGAUGUGCCCCGACGGGGCAGGGGGCGAGCACCGCACAGCAGUAGAUGACGCUCGAGAUGGAGUGCAUGAUGAUGUUUCACGACCUGUCUUGGGCAGUGACCUGAGGCGCUUGAAACGCGGACCAAGGGAAAAAGACACUAUCGCUUCACGUGUGCGCAAACAUCAUGGUGGGGUUGCUAGCAUUCCACUAUCACGAGUCCCCGCAACUGGGCAGAUUCCAGUUUCUGAGGACUCUUUCAGCGAUCACGGCGGUGAGGAGCGGAUCGAGCUGCAUGGCGGGAGCGGUCAUCCACGAGGUGACACUUCGAGUAUGCACGUGACAACUCCGAUGGGGCCUUCCGCAGCAGUCCCAGAAUCGCAACAGGGUCCAGCACCGUUGAUGCGUCAUCCCGAGRUUCAGGGAGAGAUCAGUCCUCUCCCGGCAGUGGGGGACGAGGGUUCUGUCGAUGCACUGCAUCCACUCACGUCUGCCGGAGCGGCAGUCUCAGUUGCAGCGACCUCGGAWGUGGGACAACCACUGGCAGCGACGGAGCAAGAAAGUAUGCUCCCACCUCGCAGUGUUCAACCGCGGCCACCGCCUGCAUUGAUGGAGGGGAGUCAGGGGACCGUUGUUGUGUGUCAAGGCGACGAUCUCCCGGAACGUGAUAUCUCACACACUCCCGCAGUUGAGCAGAGCGCCACAGACCAUGUCGACCUCGCAUGCCCCACCGGCAGUCUUCUGGGUACCGGCGAGUUACUGACCAUGGACUCUGCGCUCGUUUCUCUACCAGACUUGUCGACGUUGAUAUCCCCAGGUCUACCCCAUGUGUCACCGCCCAAGCCACAACAGCCUGUUGUCAUSGAGCGUGGAUCGGACGGGUUUGACGUGGUAGGAGGCGAUAUCGCCGAUAUGAUUACGAGCCCAAUGGUGUCUGCCACGCCCACAAUUUUUCGUGUUGGCAAACUACGUGAGGUGGCCCUUGGUUUGGCGGAGACGGCGACGCGACACCGCCGCGACGGUCAGCGCAGCAUCGCACAACGCAGUCUUUCUCAUUCGUUUGACGGCGCAGAGGAAGGGUCUCCUGGUGGGCCAGUUGACACACUCGAAAGAGAAGCAAGACCCCCAAGUCCGCCGUCAAACUCAGAGCAUCAUCCGAUUGUCGCGGCUGUCGGCGCAGAUGCGGGCGUCCCCGUCACAAACAGUGGCGCAGACGCGACAGAACAGCUUGUGGUUGGGUCAUCGGUGACAGCACGGCGCGACAGAGCCACUGUUUUGCCGACAGUGGCAUUYUAUGCCAGCGGGAAGAGUACUGGGGGGAUGGAUGAGCAGGGAGUCCGGAAUGUUGGCAGGCCAUCAACACCGUCUAUGGGGAAACGAUCCAUUGGGAGUGUGGAUGGUGCUCGGCACACCGCCAUGGCAGAGUUUGAGGACCGACACGGGAGUGCUUUGCCGACGAAGACGUCUGAUGUCCAUGCUACGAGAGCCGCAAAGGCGAGUCUUUCUCGGGCAAGGAAGAAGGCCUCGGCAAGGAAGGCGUCACGUUCAUCCUCACAUAUGCGUUCCCGAGAGAGAGGAUCGGGCGUUGUGCAUCUCAAGGACGGAGAGAUUGCACCUGACGGCGACGCAUUGGAUGUUGGAGGGAGGGAUGCAACGACGGCGGAUAUCGUCAGCAGGGAGGGUAAAGGGAAUGCAGUGGCAGGUCAGAAGAGACGCGGCAGUGUACUUAUCGUCCACGACGACAACACAGAUGUCGCCCCGGGAGAGACCACAGGCACUGAUGAUGCAGGGGACUCCGAUUACGUACCCAAACCACGGGCGGUAGAUGGAGAUGAUGGAGGAGGGCGACGAGUGAGACCGAGGACACGACUCGGGCCUCAAGGGCAGCGAGCACAGGGCACACCAUCGGCGAUGAUUCCUGGCCCCAUAGAUCGGCGAGCUCAGGCGCAGCGGUUGCUGCGCAAAAUGGAGGUCACUCUUCAACAGACGCACGGUCUCACAAAGGGGUGGGACGAGAAGGCGAUGUGGAGCAUGUUUCCACUGUUUGUCUGCGAAGAGUUGAGUGAGGAGGUGUAUACCCUUAUGAUAAAGUCGCGGACCUGGGAUGAGCUGGGAAGUUCUCUGAAGUUGAGAUUCCCAGAGGAUGGAGCGGAAGGCCAAUUUGGUGAAGGCCUUGAGCAACCAGCUGGGGUUACGUCAACACAAGGAGAGUUGAGUGGUAUACAGAGGCAAGUUGGGAUGUUAGAAGAGAGGUUGACGCGAUUGGAAGAAGCCAGGCGUGGCAAGAUGAAGGCCUCUGAAGGAGCAUCGAGUGGGCCGGCUGGGCAGGAUGAGGCAGAGGCAAGGGAAGAUCAUCAGAAGUUACUCCACAAGGGAGCCUCGAAGGGGCGAGCCUGCGCCCCGGAAAGAGGCGAAGGCGAGGGGUUCAUUGAGAUAAAGGAGGAGUGGGAAUCUAGUAUGGCCUUGCGUGUCAUUGCGCCUGAUCCGAAGAGAGGGCUCAUUAACGUGGAAGCAUCCUCAGCUGCGAGUCGGAAGGAGCAAAGGAAUAAGGGGUGGCAAGCACUGAGCGAAAGUAGUGUGUAAUCAUUGUGGGAGAGUUGGCCAUGCCCCUCAG